AUGGAGCUCGCUUUGAGUUUAGGCGAUGCUUCAAAGCAGUUUUCAUCGUUUCUGGACAAGUCUGGAGCGAAAAUUUCAAGUAAAGAUCUAGGGUUUUGCAUGGGCUUAAAGAUCAAAGGAGAUCAUGAAGAUGAAGAUCAUCAUGAUCAUGAUCUUCCUCUUCAGCUUGAUCUUCUUCCUUUCUCUCCGGUUCCUCGUACUCAUCAUCAUAAUCAGCCUCCUUCGCAGCUUCGCUUUCCAUGGCAGACUGAAAACGAACCCGGUUCGACAGAUGGGAUGGGAAGAGGGUUGGAUGUGAACCGGUUUCCGGUGGCGGAGGGGGAAGCAGAGGAGGGAACGACGGCGCUGUCAUCUCCAAAUAGUACGGUGUCGUCUUUUCAGAUGGAGUUUUGUAUAGGAAACAGCAGAAACAACAAGAGGGAUUUGGAGAUUAUUGAAACUCACCAUCAACACAACAGCAGCGAGAGAGCGAGUUCAAGAGUGAGUGACGAUGAAGAGAACGGGUUAACUCGGAAGAAACUCAGACUCUCUAAAGAACAAUCAGCUUUUCUCGAAGAAAGCUUCAAAGAACACAACACUCUUAAUCCUAAGCAAAAGCUUGCUUUAGCAAAACAGUUGAAUCUUCGUCCUCGCCAAGUAGAAGUUUGGUUUCAGAACAGAAGGGCAAGGACAAGCUUGAGCAGACAGAGGUAG